CCGCCCUCUGGUUCUUCCGCCCGCCCACUGUGGGCUGCGGCGCUGGCGUUCCGCGCGCGCGAGUGCACUGCGCCUGCUCGGCGUGUGGACGCCACACGCUCCCGGAAGUAGGAGGUGGCCGCCGGAGUUUGUGUGGCCGCCGCCGCGGGAACGCGAGCCCGGUAAUUUUUCAACUGAGAAAGGCUAAGGUUUCGGGCUUGACCGGGUGAGAGUGAGCGACGGUCCCGCCCUAGCAGCUCUCUUCUGACGUGACACCAGGCAUGGAGAAUCCACAGAGCAAAGAGGCCGGCGGCGAGGCCGUGGCUCCCGCGCUGCAGGAGUCGCCACGGCGGGAGGGCGGGGAGGAGCCGCCGCAUCCCAGUCCUGAGAAAAAUCAGUGUAGAUUUGAUGGCCAAGAAACAAAAGGAUCCAAGUUCAUUACCUCCAGUGCGAGUGACUUCAGUGACCCAAUUUACAAAGAGAUUGCUAUUACCAAUGGUUGUAUUAAUAGAAUGAGUAAGGAAGAACUCAGAGCUAAGCUUUCAGAAUUCAAGCUUGAAACCAGAGGAGUAAAGGAUGUACUAAAGAAGAGACUGAAAAACUAUUAUAAGAAGCAGAAGCUGAUGUUGAAAGAGAGCAGUUGUGCUGACAGUUACUAUGACUACAUUUGUAUUAUUGACUUUGAAGCCACUUGUGAAGAAGGAAACCCACCUGAGUUUGUACAUGAAAUAAUUGAAUUUCCGGUUGUUUUACUGAAUACGCAUACUUUAGAAAUAGAAGACACAUUUCAGCAGUAUGUAAGACCAGAGAUUAACACACGGCUGUCUGAUUUCUGCAUCAGCCUUACUGGAAUUACUCAGGAUCAGGUAGACAGAGCUGAUACCUUCCCUCAGGUACUAAAAAAAGUAAUUGACUGGAUGAAAUUGAAGGAAUUAGGAACAAAGUAUAAAUAUUCAAUUUUAACAGAUGGUUCUUGGGAUAUGAGUAAGUUCUUGAACAUUCAGUGCCAAAUCAGCAGGAUCAAAUAUCCUUCUUUUGCUAAAAAGUGGAUCAAUAUUCGGAAGUCAUAUGGAAACUUUUACAAGGUUCCCAGAAGCCAAACAAAAUUGGCAAUAAUGCUUGAAAAAUUAGGAAUGGAUUAUGAUGGGCGGCCUCACUGUGGUCUUGAUGACUCUAAGAACAUCGCCCGAAUAGCAGUUCGAAUGCUUCAGGAUGGAUGUGAACUCCGAAUCAAUGAGAAAAUGCAUGCAGGACAACUAAUGAGUGUGUCCUCCUCCUCACCAAUAGAGGGCACUCCACCUCCACAAAUGCCACGUUUUAGAAAGUAAUGACAGAUUUGUCCGUGGAUCAUUCCAACUGAAGUUGCUAUGAAGAGGCAGCAGAUAAUACUCAUUGAAUUAGUCCUGUAGUGCAAACUUUAAGCACCUUAAAACAUUUACAAUCUUAUUACAGGCGAUAGAGAUAUAUGUUUGUGAACAUGUUUUUGCGGGAGGGCAUACUGAAUUCUUUUUCACCAGCACUUUUGAUAUGAGCAGUAUUUGUUACCCAGUAACAGUUCCUGCUUAGAACUGAAUUUUAUAAUUUAAGGUGUUCAAGAUGUAUUCUCUUUGGUUUUAAAAUGCAAAAUCUUAUUGGCUAUUCUUUUGAAUGUCAUAUCUUACUGGUGUUAAAAUAUGAAAUAUAUAUCUUUAUUACCAUUACUAGAUGAAAUCAUAAAAUGCAGAAAUGGAAGGUAGGUCUUAUCUAGCCUUUGGAUUUCAAAAAUAUCAUAGUCCUUUUAAUUUUCAAAGUUUAUAUGAAAAGUUCACCAUGUAUGCCGUGAAUUUCCUAAGAUACUUGGCAUACGUAUCUGCCUGUGUUUCUUUUCAACUCAUAAUUGGAAGAAUUAUGAUAGAUUAUAGGGUCUGGUUAAAAAUUCAGUUACUAAAGAAAUUAAUGAGAACUCAGAAGAAAAUACUAAAAGGAAUAUCAUAAAGACUGUAGCUCAAACUUCAUAAUACAUAAAUAAAUCACUGGGGUCUUUUUCAAUUUGGUUGUUUGGUUCUCCUUCCUUUUUUGACUUAUAUAUGCCUUACUUCUUAAAUCUGAGGGACCAUGUUUUGAAAUAGACUGAAAAUUAAGGGUCACCACCUAAUUUUGCAUUUGUAUUCAGUAUCGUAAGUGAGGUUAAUAAAAUAUACUUUCUACCAUAUAUUAUGUUUUUGUUAUUACAAAACUUCACUGGCCACCAAUGGAGUUAAUAAAAUACUUGUUUUUCUGA